AUGGCGGAGCCUCACAUUAAGCAAGAUCCAUACAUCAAGCGUGACCCCGACACCAUAGGGGCCUCCCCCGCAUCAUUCGCAGACUCGGAAGCUUUUGAGGAUGCUGGGGACCUAGAGUUUAGCACCGAUCCCAACUUCCAGAACGUAUAUCUCGCGCGAGUGCCAAAGUACCUCUGGGAGCACUGGAACGACUUGGAUGAUGACGCUGAGAUCCGGCUGGGUACGGUCAGAAAGACUGUGAACACGAAUAGUGAUGGCGUAAAAGAUGUGAGCCUGACGAUGCUCCUCCGGCCCGACCUGGCGCAACAUCAAGCGGUCCCGAAAGAGUUCAGCCUGGAUAUCACCGCAGAGACUGUGGAUAACACAUUCGUCUUCACGGAACAAGAUCUUCCUGGCUUCAAGUCCAAAUCACGCAAGGGCUUUGACCCGGCAACCGCCAACCUCCCGGCGCGCCUCACCCGCCCUAAGUCCGACAAGCCAACCGACAAGCAGCCAUGGGAUCCCAAGAAGCGCUUCCAGCCAUACUACAAGCGUGCUAUCCCAAAGAAGACCACGCUCGCCGGCCGCGUCGCUCACGAGAUCAACUGCGUGCCCGUCGACAACCCCGAGACAAACCGCCUCUUGGCCCAACGCACGAUCGCCGCCAUGCAACCACGAAACCGCACAGUUUUCCUCUCCGGCACGCGGUCUCGGGAGGCAGGCUUCAUCCAGCCUGGAACUAUUCGUGCCCAGGAGGCAUUUGGCGGCUUCAUCAAGAACACUGGAGCGCUCAAGUCGAAAUCUGGCCAGGACACAAAGACUGCUCGUAUGCCUCAGAACGAGCUGUUGGAUCAUAUCUUCCAGUGCUUCAAGGAGUAUAAUUUCUGGUCGAUGAAGGCGCUGAGGGCGAAGCUGCAGCAGCCAGAAGCGUAUCUAAGGGAAACGCUGGAGAAGGUAGCAGACAUGCCGCGAAGUGGACGGUUUGCCAUGCACUGGACGCUGAAGAAGGAGUACAAAAUGAACAUCGACGAGUCGACUGCUGAUGCAGCCCCCGAGACGGAAGAGCCCGAUGACUCGGACAUGGCGGAUGUAGACGACGAUGAGGAUGAUGAUCUCAAGUUUGAGGAUGUCGCAUAA